GUCCUGCUCUAUGUUGAUUGCGUUACCAUAAUUUCGAACAAAUGGGGGCAUUGCCUAUGCCUGCCUUGGUUAUCAAAGGUAAUUCUAAUUGCGGGACUAUAUCUUGUACUCCUGCUCCAAGUAGCAGAAUUUCUACGAUUUACUUGUUGUCUGUUUUUUUCGUACACCUCUUUCAUGUUUUAUCGCUUUGUGGGAGCUGGGCGAUAAACAGUUUAGAGCCGAUCAGAUUAGAGAGAAGAACUACCCCGAUGCCUUUGGCAAACAGCCACAUCAUGCGAAGCCUCCGCUACAACCACAAACAGAGGCACAACGGAUGAAUCCGUUUCUAUGGUUCUCCUCGAGCAUGAUUUUUUCCGGUCUUCUCGCUUCCGUGACCCCCAUCCGCCUUGUUCAUGCAACGUUAUGACUAGCUUUUUUUGGGUUUCACUUGACAUGAUGAAGCCCGGUAGGUAACAAUUGAACGUUGAUGAAGAUUCAUUCACUUUUGUUGGAACUCUUCUAAUCUAACUAUUCUGAAACAGUAACAGAAUAAACAAAAACUCAAAAAUGCUGAGGCUGUACACUCAAAGAAUAUCAUUACGUAGAAAGAACUCAAUUAUAAUGAUGAUGAUGAUGAUGAUGACGACGAUGAGGCUUACUCCAGUUGAACUUGAUUGAUAACAUAUUAAUUUGGCAACAAGCGUCAGUGCUUAGAUAAUGUGCCGACCAUUAUGCCGAGCUGUGAUCAUACUCAAACUCAUUUAUGCACACAUGCGAAAAAAAAUCCUGCUAAUGACAAUUGCCGAGGCAACCUAUUCUGAGCGUGAGUCUGGUAUGAUGGACAUGCAGCUGGUGUACGGCGUUCAACGCAGCAUGUACUGGAGCGCUCAUUUCGUUUUUUGGUAUCUCAUCUUUGCACCUUUUCAAUUGGUGACAGCGUACAUGAUUGUGUCUUACACGGAAAGCUGGACAAAGCCACAGUAUGCCUUAGGCGACCACGUGAUGUACGCCGAGGGAACCGUGAUGGCGUGUCUGCCCUUCGUGUUUCCGAUCCUUGGUGUACUUUUUGUAUCCGCAACCUGUACCGUGGAGGCCCCUACUCGCGAGAAGUUCCAGAGCUACGUCAACACAAUCGGAGUGCUCGGUUCGACACUAGGAGUCGCGGUGUCCUUCGCCUUGGACCUCCUGGCGCCUACGCGAGCCAGUAUGUGGGCUACGGUGCUGCAAAUCAUUGGAGACCAGGCCGCGACUAUGACGACAUGUCCCUCGACGGAUCUGGCCGGGGUGAAUCUCGCAGGAAAUGCCUUGUUUGGAAUUCUCGUCCCCGGCUACGGCACAAUGCGCAUCCUAAUCCGCGGAAUGCAGACCUACUAUGCGGUGUGGUUCGCCUUUUGUGGCGGACUCGUCCAAAAAACAGAAGACGGAAAAGCCGUAUUUACCAACGAC